AUCAAUGAAGUAUAUUGGAGAUUAAAAUAAUAAAUUAGACAAAGUUAAAAUUUUAAUAAAAUAAUAGCUACAAAAAGGCGGUGAUAUCAGCAAAGCAAGAAAUACGUUGUUUGAAUCCACGUCGACAUCACCAUCAACUUUUGGGGUGCCCAUUUCGUUUAUAAUUAAAUUAACGUCCGGUUCCUUGUGUUCCCAUUCAAACUGAUAGUUCCCAUUCCAGCCGAUAAGCAGCAAGCAAGGAAGGGGAGCGUCUGGACUCUAGAGUGAGUGACACGCACAAAUUUUGGGCACAAAACAAGGCCGUUUGGUUCCUUCCUUCCUAUCAUUCGAAGCUACUCAAAAUUUCCUUCUUCCUUCACUUCCUUGAAACUUAUUAGCGCUUUUGGGUUUUCAGUUGUAAGUAGCUUUUUCUGAGUGUUGUUUGAUGGUGUAUGACGAUCAUGGGAGACACAGAGAGUUGCGGUAGCAGAGCCGUUGAUUUCUCGCCGACUCUGAGCCGAAAGCAUAAACAGAAGGUUGAUAUCUACGACGAAGUUCUUCAUCGACUCAGGGACUUGAAUGUGGCAGAGUCAUGGCUUCCUGGUUUCGAAGAUGAGCUCUGGGCUCAUUUUUGUCGCCUUCCUACUAGAUAUGCAUUGGACGUGAAUGUGGAAACCGCACAAGAUGUUCUUAUGCAUAAAAGAUUACUGCAUAUGGCACGUAAUCCUGUUACUAGACCUGCAGUUGAAGUCCGUCUUGUGCAGGUUCGUUCGUCUUGUGCCUCAAACUCAUAUGGAAAAGUGGAAGCACAGUGUUCUGAGCAUGUCAUCAAACAGAGUAUUCAUCCACCACCAGCCUUUGGUUUAUCACCUGACCUCGAAUUUGAUGCAAACAAACUCUAUAUUCCAGAGUCCGAUGGCAUCAUGAAUUCCAAGCAUCUAUAUUACGGGCCAAUGCAUGAGAUUACAAUUUCAACAAGUGACAAGCCAAAACUUCUCUGUCAGUUGACAUCGUUAUUGUCUGAGAUUGGGCUGAACAUUCAAGAAGCCCAUGCUUUUUCCACAAUAGAUGGCUACUCUUUGGAUGUUUUUGUUGUUGAUGGUUGGGCACUUGAGGAGACUGAGCAGCUUAGAGAAACUCUGGCAAAAGAAAUACCAAGGAUUGAGAAGCAUUCGAGGUUAAAUUAUCAGGCUAUUUCCCCUGUUGGAGAGCAAGAACAUGGAGUGCAGUUUAUUCAUAAUCAUUUAAACAUACCACCUGAUGAAAAUGAUCUCUGGGAAAUUGAUGCAAGCUUGUUGAAAUAUGAAAAGAGAAUAGCAUCUGGUUCGUCUGGCGAUUUGUAUAAAGGCACUUUCUGUAAUCAAGAUGUGGCUAUUAAAGUUCUAAAGGCUGGGCACCUGAAUGAAACAAUGCAGAGGGAAUUUGCUCAAGAAGUCUAUAUCAUGAGGACAUUAAUCUCGCUUGCCUGUCUAUUCUUUGGAACUUGUAGGAAGGUUCGGCAUAAGAAUGUUGUCCAAUUCAUUGGGGCGUGUACCAGACAUCCAAACCUAUGCAUUGUUACUGAAUAUAUGGCUGGUGGAAGCAUGUAUGACUUUCUCAAAGAAAACAGUGUCUUACCUCUUCAGUCCUUGCUCAGAGUAGCAAUUGAUGUUUCCAAGGGCAUGAACUAUUUGCACCAAAGUAACAUAAUCCAUAGAGACCUGAAAGCUGCUAAUCUUUUAAUGGAUGAAAAUGGAAGUGCGAGCUCAAUCUGGCGUGAUGACUGCAGAAACUGGAACUUAUCGUUGGAUGGCUCCAGAGGUAAGUGUUCUCCAGAUACUAAUCGAUGGGUAGUAGCCAUUCCAUUUGCUUCAUUGUCACUCAAACAUUGGAAUAUCUUCCAAGCCUUUGUCCAAAAGUAAUUCACCUGCGUUGACUAGCAUUGUCAAAAAGAUAAUAGAUAUAUAAUGAGUGCAAAAGGAAGAAAGCAAAGGUAAAGAUGCUUGCACAAAUGCAGUUGGAAGCUGCUUUUGAGCAUAAUAAUAAAUAAGGGUUGAAACAAAUUGGUAGAAAUGAUGCAAGCUUGGUUAGGGACUUUUUUGACUGCAUCAUUUUUGGAUCUUUUCAUCAUGCAAGUUUGUACAUUAUACCAUUCUCAUAAUUCCUCAUAUUGGUUCAAUGCUUCUAUGGCUUUGUACUGUGAGGAGGCUGUAAUAAUGUUAGAAGUUUAGAAGUUUCAAGUACUUGUAAAUUGUUUACUGUGCUUAUAAUGGACGGUAGCUUGGUGAAUUACAUCCCUUUAUUGAUGACGGUCACUAUCUGCUGUUGGCUAACUUAAAACCAGCUUUUUGACAUGAGAUUAUCUGGUCUUGACACAUUGAAGGUUAUUGAACACAAACCAUAUGAUCACAAAGCUGAUGUCUUUAGCUUUGGGGUUGUGCUGUGGGAGCUGCUUGCCGGAAAGGUAAUAGGAUCUGUUAUAUUUAUAUCUUAUUGAUAAAAGAGGUGGACAACUUUUUCUUCCCAUGAAACAAAAUGCUACUUUUAGAUAAAUGUCUGUUUAUCUUCCUUUGAACUAGUUUAUCGUGCACAGACUUCAUACCAUCCUCUGUCUGUGUUUUGUGACUGAAAUGUCAGCUUCCUUAUGAGAACUUAACCCCGCUACAAGCAGCUGUCGGCGUGGUCCAGAAGGUAUUUUCUUUUACCACAGUUGCAACAUUAUCUUUGUAGUUAUUU